UUUUUUUUUUUUAUUUCCUUUUAUCUUGAUCUAUAUCCUUCUUACCCAUAUACAUAGUCAUACGUAUCAUUGACCAUAUUUAGGUUUGUCAUGUCUGCAAAAGAACCUAUUCCUACAUCCACUCCUGCCAAUGUUACAACAACGACCACUACUACUAAUUCAACUACUGCAACCGAGCAACAUUCCGACAAGUCAACAGAAGGGUCUAUAUUGCAAGAACAAUCAACUUUGAAGAAUGGAGAAGACACAGACGAUUCAAAGGUGGUAAAUAUAGACGAUCUUAUUGAUAUGAAUACGUUUGACCAACUGUUAGAUAUGGAUGAUGACGACGAUCACGAAUUCUCUUACAGUAUUGUGUUGGACUAUUUUAGACAAGCCGAAGCUACUUUUGAAGAUAUGGAUGCUGCUUUAGACAAAGAAAACUUGCGAGAACUAUCUCGAUUAGGUCAUUUUCUCAAAGGAAGUUCAGCUGCUAUUGGUUUGAAAAAGGUCAAAGCAACAUGCGAAAAGAUUCAAAAUAUUGGUAACUGCAAGGAUGAAACUGGAAGUAGUGAAUUGAACGAAGGUGAUGCGUUGGUCCAAAUAUCUCCAUUAUUACCUCAAGUCAAGGCCGAAUAUUCUGAAGCUGAAGAAUAUCUCAAGAACUUUUAUGAAGUACAAGAAUCUCGAUAAACUUCUUCCUUUCUCUCUAUUAUCCAUCAUUCUCAUAUAGUAUCAUUUAUCUAUCGCUUCCUUUUUUUCUUGUAUCUUUCUUUUAACUAUCCAUAGUAUCUUUUUUUUUCCCUCUUUUUCCCCCUUUUCCCCAAUCCGUCAAAACGAUUCCUCCUAAUUACUUUCCCUUUAUCUAUCCCCACCCUCUUUCUAUCAUCUUUUUUUUUUAUCUUUUGGAAACAGCUGAUCUGUUCUUCUCUCUUCAAAUACAAAUAUAUAUACAUAUAUAUCUUCCCUCAAAAAAAAAAGUGUCCUGUCUAUCUAUUUUCAUCUCUUUCUCUUUCUCUCUAUAUAUAUAUACGUGUUUAUGAUGAUGUCCUUGCCGAAAGAAAUAAUAAAAAAAAAACCCAUUUGAAUUCUGAAUGAUUGUC